AAUAUGCUCCAUUCUCACUGACGGUUUGGAGGCAAGAUGGCGACGUCUAUAUCCAGGCAGUUGGAGGACCUGUUAAACCCUUUACCGACCUUUAAAGACCCGGAGGACGAGCACGAUGACGCAACUAUCGCUAAAGUCAUCGACAGAUUCGACGAAGGGGAGGAUGAGUGGUCAUUUGACAGUAAACUGCGGAAGUGUGCUUCAGUUUUGCUGUCUGAUUCAGACAAGAGGUAUGCUGGGCAGGCAACCUCUCGAAAGGCACUGCAGGAAGAAACUGGACAGAACUCCUUUCCUGGCUCCUCAGAUGAAGAGGAAGAAGACAUGGUUGAGGACUUGGAAAGCAGUGAAGAUAACGAGGAAGAGGAGACCAACAAUGAUUUGUUAUGUAAUACAAUUAAGGAUUUUAAGAAAUUCACAGAAGGAAUGGAUGAUAUUGGAGAAAGUGAUGUUAGUGAAUUGGAAGAAGUGGAGGAGGAGGAGGAGGAGGAGGAAAAAGAAGGUCAAGAUGAUGACAGCAAUCAUAAAGAUGUGGAGAAGGACGAUGUUACAGUAAUGAAGUUCUCCAAGGAAAAAGUAGCUGAAGAAGUGGAGAAGGGGCAAUCAGUAAAAAACCAAAUAGCAUUGUGGGAUCAAAUACUUGAAGGGCGAAUCCGACUACAGAAAGCUGUUGUGACGGCCAAUCAGCUUCCACAGCCAAAUUCCUUACCUACUUUCAAAAAGGAAGGUGGACCAGAAUUUUCAACUGCUUUGAAUGACUGUUGCAAAGCACUCAAAGCACUCCUGAGGUCAUUAGUUGAGCUUCAGGAUGAACUCCUUUUCCAGUACCAAGGCACACAACACUUUGUCAGUGGCAAGAAGGCAGAACCAGACAGUGAAGAGAUUCCCAGUGAUGAAGAAAUUGAGGAUGUGCAGAAGAGGAAAAGGCCACAGAAAAGGAAGUUUGAAGUGAAUGAGUACCCAGACUUCAUGGCCAAGCGGUUUGCUGACCUCAAAACAUUUCGUAAUAGUACAUUACAGAAAUGGCAUGAUAAGACAAGAUUAGCUUCGGGCAAAAUAGGCAAGGGGUUCAGCGCUUUCGAGCGUUCCAUCUUGACCCAGAUAGAGCAGAUUAUGAUGGAUAAAGAAAGGUUGAUAAGACGGACUCAGACCAAAAGAUCCUUGUAUAAAAUUCUUGGAAAAGUGGAAGAAGAUUCUCAGCAGAUUCCAGAGUGUCUACCUGGGGAGAUGGAGGUUGUGCCACAAGGAAAGUCAAAUGCACAUCUGAAAGACAUAGAUGAAGAGAUUUUUGAUGAUGACGAUUUUUACCAUCAGCUCCUCAGAGAACUAAUUGAGCGGAAGACUACUGCUAUAGAUUCAAACGAUCAGAUUGCAAUGGGCCGACAAUGGCUUGCAAUUCAGAAACUACGAAGUAGGAUUAAGAAGAAAGUAGAUACCAGAGCAAGCAAGGGCAGAAAAGUAAGAUACCAUGUUCACAGCAAAUUAGUGAGUUUCAUGGCACCUAUUGAUCAUAGUACAAUGAAUGAUGAUGCAAGGUCAGACCUAUACAAAUCUCUGUUUGGAAAAAUCAAGCAAGCUGAAGACACGCAGUGCUCAUCGCCACUGGUCUUUGGACAUUGAUUACUGCAGGAAAAACAAGUAGGCUGUUGACUGUCAACAAGACAGGACUAUAUUGAUUUUCCCAUUCAAAUUCUGUUCUGGCUGGAACGAUUUUCUCAAAAUUCUCAUCAUUCUUUCCCUUUUCCUGGAGGAAAUCCUAUUGCUAUUAUGACUAUUUAUAUUUUAUUAAUAAGUAUAAGACAACCAGCAGACUGACCUUUUUUAAUAAAAGCUCAAUUAUGAAAUAUUUUCAUACAUACAGAAAAGCUAAUGCUUUUUAAAAUCAGAACAAAACUAAUAGAAGAGCAAAAUGUACAAAAUUAACUAUUUUACUAGUCUGGUGUUACUGUGCGAAGUUUAUCUCUUGCUCUUAAAGUACCACUAGCUCAUGAUGGAAUGAUUGAAAAAUGUAUUGCUGUUAAAAGAUACUGGAAAUAAAGUUAGCUUUGUACAAGUUUCCUGAAGUGAAUUGUUUAAUCUGCUGUUUAGUGAAUGUUUUACAUGGAAUAAAGGCUUCAUUGCUCUCGUUGA